UUCAUAAUUAAUUCAUGUUUAAAAAGAAUUUGCAUGCUUCAUGCUUUAAUUUAACUGGUAGCAUGUGAAUGUCCAAUAUCAAAGGCCUUUAUAUAAACCUUUCUCCAACCAUUUUUUUUGCUCUAAGCCUAAGAAACAAGCCAGUUCUUCUCCUAUGGCCCUCCCUUUAAUACCCGUCGCACUUAUCAUUCUCCUCCUUGCAUACAAGCUCUACCAACGGCUAAGAUUCAAGCUCCCACCAGGGCCUCGCCCGUGGCCGAUCGUCGGCAAUCUCUACGACGUAAAGCCGGUGAGGUUCCGGUGCUUUGCCGAGUGGGCACAGGCCUACGGCCCUGUCAUAUCGGUGUGGUUCGGCUCCAUGUUGAACGUGAUCGUGUCGAACUCGGAGCUCGCUAAGGAAGUGCUUAAGGAAAAUGACCAGCAACUGGCUGAUAGGUACAGAAAUAGGUCGUCUGCUAGGUUUAGCAGGGAUGGGAAGGACCUUAUAUGGGCGGAUUAUGGACCUCACUAUGUGAAGGUCAGGAAGGUUUGCACCCUUGAGCUAUUCUCCCCAAAACGGCUGGAAGCUCUUAGACCCAUUAGGGAAGAUGAGGUUAGAACCAUGGUUGAAUCCAUUUUCAAUGACUGCGCUCAUCCCGAUAAUUGCGGUAAAAGAUUGUUGGUGAAGGAAUACUUGGGAGCAGUGGCAUUCAACAACAUUACAAGACUGACAUUCGGAAAGCGGUUCAUGAACUCAGAGGGGGUGAUGGACGAGCAAGGGUUAGAAUUCAAGGGAAUCGUGACGAAUGGAGUGAAGAUUGGUGGAUCACUUCCCAUUGCAGACCACAUCCCAUGGGUUCGAUGGAUGUUUCCACGGCAGGAAGAGGCAUUCGCCAAGCAUGGGGAAAGGAGGGACAGACUCACUAAAACUAUCAUGGAAGAGCACACCCAGGCACGAAACAAGAGUGGCAGUGCCAAGCAGCAUUUUGUUGAUGCCUUGUUUACUUUGCAGGACAAAUACGACCUUAGCGACGACACCGUCAUUGGCCUCCUUUGGGACAUGAUCACUGCAGGCACAGACACCACCGCAAUCUCAGUAGAAUGGGCUAUGGCCGAGCUAAUUAAAAACCCAAGGGUGCAACACAAGGCUCAAGAGGAGCUAGACCGUGUUAUCGGAUUCGAACGAGUAAUGACAGAAGCCGAUUUUAGUUCCCUGCCCUACCUACAAUGUGUAGUCAAAGAGGCGCUAAGGUUGCACCCUCCAACCCCAUUGAUGCUCCCCCACCGAGCCAAUGCCAAUGUCAAGAUUGGUGGAUAUGACAUUCCUAAGGGAACAAGUGUUCACGUCAAUGUAUGGGCCAUAGCACGCGAUCCGGCAGUGUGGAAGAACCCGCUCGAGUUCCGCCCUGAGCGGUUCCUUGAGGAGGACGUUGACAUGAAGGGCCAUGAUUUUCGGUUACUGCCCUUUGGUGCGGGGCGGCGAGUGUGCCCUGGUGCCCAACUUGCUAUCAAUUUGGUCACGUCCAUGCUUGGUCACCUAUUGCACCAUUUUGUUUGGGCACCACCUGAAGGGGUCAAGCUAGAGGAGAUUGACAUGUCAGAAAAUCCUGGAUUGGUUACUUACAUGCGGACCCCGUUACAAGCCGUGGCCAAUCCAAGGCUGCCGUCACGCUUGUACAAAAGUGUGGAAGUCGACGUGUAAUGUUUAAUUUUGUUGUUUUUUCCAUUGUUCUAUCCUCAGCUUGUUUUUCAUCAUGAACUCGUAAUAAAAUUGUUUGGGUGGUGUUUUAUUUUUAA